GCGACUCAAGGGAUGGGGUUGGUUGACGAAUGGACGACUGCUUACAGACUCGCUUAUUCAAACAAUUCUGAUGCCGAUUUUAAAGAGUAUUCUGAAAAUGGAAAUGACGUCAAGAGUUUUUUGGGUAACGAUGAUCAAAAUGGAACAGUCCUUCAUUGGUUGAGGAGUCCAUUUGUUGCAAGAUUCGUCCGUAUAUCACCUUUCAAAUGGCAUGGUAAAGGCUGUCUAAGAGCUGAACUCUAUGGGUGUCCAGCACGCGCGGAUUUAAGUGAUAUAGAAAGUAACCUUCCAACCACGCCACAACCUUUACAUCACGAUGCUGCUUUACAACUUGAAACUAUAAAAUCAGAAUCUGUCGAACAACAACAUCAGCUUCCCGAAAAUGCGGGGAGCCUUGUAUAUCAUCAGGCUGAACAGAAUCAAGCGGAAAGUUUAGAAGGUGAAGAAAAAACUGAAGAUAUCCCUUCACAACAUCAUCAUGUCGACGUGGAGGAGGGUGCAACAAGAUCAUUGAAUACACAACUCACACAAUCUGAGUCAGGUCAAAGUGAUGUUUCAAUAGACAUAAUUCCUAUUGUGCAUCUCGAUUUCGACGAAGUGCGCGAUAACGUUAUUCCAGACGUUAGCGGUCACCAUAACGACGCACAUUUUCGACGUCCGGUCGACAUCAGAUCGUUUAGCAAAUCAUGCGAGAGAGGCUUGCGAUUAAACGGUGGCGACGUGUUUUUUGAUGGAGAGUUUUUCAUUGAUAAACCUAGAGAAGAAAUAACCGUUGCAGCAUGGGUAAAACUAUUUAGUAAUGGCGGACAGCAUUCUAUCUUUGAUACAGUCGGCGGAAAAGAUUCGGCUCACAAAGAGGGACAAUAUCAUUUCGAAGUUGACCGUGGUCGUCUUCGUUGGUUUCAUCGAAACGAGGCCAAAGAUAAUGUAUUUAAUAUCUCUUCUCCGUUAAUGAUUCCGUCACACGUGUGGACGCAUUGUGCAGCUACAUACUCCAGUAUAACUGGAAGGGUGGCUGUGUUUGUCAACGGGAAGCUUGGAGCUCAGGGGUUUGGUAUUGGCUCCUUAUCUCAAGAUUGGACUGGACGCGCUGGUAUAGGAAAACACAAAGGGCAGCGAAUAUUGAACGGAGAAAUUGAUGAGUUUUAUAUCUUUAAUAAGGCCUUAAGGCCCAGCAAAAUCGAAAUGUUGAUGAGACGUUGUAGCUUUGAAACUGAAUGUCAAGGUCCACUUGGAAUGCAGUCAAAACUCAUACAAGAUUCACAGAUCUCAUCCAGCUCCACAUAUAACUUGCACAAACCGUUCUAUGCUAGAAUGAACCUUGCUUCUUUCGGAGGUGAUCCGGCUCGCACUGCAUGGUGUGCUGUUAAAGACGAUAAAAACCCAUACCUUGAAAUCGAGCUACCAGAGAUGACCUCGUUAACUGGGGUGGCAACCCAGGGUCUUUCCAUAUUUGACAAUUGGGUUACAUCAUACUUAUUUUGUUACAGUGAUAACAGAGCCGUUUGGGUCUGUUAUAAAGAAAAAGGGUACGAUAAAAUCUUCGAAGCAAAUUCUGAUAAGAACUCGGUAAAACGACAUUACUUUCAUCACCCCGUAGACGGAAAGUAUGUACGCAUACGUCCGCAAUCUUGGUAUGGCAAUCAUUUAUGCAUGAGAGUCGAAAUUUACGGUUGUACGAUGGACUUGUUACCAGAUCCUUAUGAUUCAUUUGGAAGUUUACAUGUUUUUAUGGAAGAUACCGAAGCACAAACGCGAGCAGAAAUUUCGCCGAAAGAAGCGUGCAAUAAUCCUCUUGGUGUUUCCAAUGGUGAAGUCGACGACAUGCAUUUGACGGUAUCUUCUUCCCUUGACGAAAACCAUCUACCAUUUUAUGGAAGGCUUGUACGAGAGUCUAUCGACCAAUCAGAUAUUAAAGGUUGCUGGUGUGCGCGCGAUGUUAAUCUGCGACAAUAUAUCGAAGCAGAUUUAGGUGAAGUAAAAACGAUCACAGGAAUCGCUACUCAAGGUUAUGUUGCGCAUGACAAUUGGGUGGCUAGCUAUCGAUUAGGAUAUAGCGACGAUUCGAAUGCACUUGAGUGGUAUCGUGAAAAAGACGACGAAAGGCUUUUUCUCGGUAACACGGAUCGCACUACAAUCGUGAAGCAUUUCCUCAAACAUCCCGUUCAAGCAAGAUACGUGAGAUUAAAUCCGCGAGCGUGGCAUGGGAUACACAUUUGUAUGAGAUUUGAAAUAUUUGGAUGCAAAGAAGGUCCAUCAAAACAGUCCGUCUCGAUUAAACCCGAGCUUGAUAGUAUAUAUCUUCGAGAUCAUUUUCAUCGUCCGCGUGUAAGUACCGAGCGUGCAGACGAUAAACAUCUCAUCCCGAAAAAAUCAGCAGGGAAGCAUCAUACAUCUGCCGAACGCCUACGAUCUCAAGUAAAGGCGCAUGCGCAUGAAAUAAAGCGACUAACACCCGGUCACAGUACACAUGGAUUCACUGGUGAGACUACUCCAACAAACGAGGAAAUUUUACAAGUUAGUUACCCACAACCAAAGAUUUUAAGACCACCUGUUAGAAACUUAACGAUACCCUUCGAUACCCACACGAAGCCGCAUGCACCAGUGAAAUUAGUUCUGGAUAAAAACCACAAGCCGAAAUUAGAACUGGUGAAGGUAAACAAAGAUAAACAAGAUGGCGGAAAGAGUGGUGCUCACGAAAAAAAUAAAUUAGAUUUACACAACGAGCAAGACAUACUUCAAGCUGUAAGUAAGUUGCAAGAACUUCCCGAGGAUAAAAUCUCCGCUGAAUUAAAAGGCUCCAUAUUGCAAUUAGCAAAAGCAAAGUUGAUUGAAGAUUUGCAAAGAAAACAUCAAGCAGCCGCCGCAGAAGAACAAUGCAAAAAAGGUUUUUGUCCAUCUAAGAGCGAAGCCACUACUAACAACGCAGAAGAAGUGGCUAAUCAACUUAAUGUCGUUGAUAUGCCGUCUUUAUAUCCCGUACAAAACCAUGCCGUGUAUCCUCAGUAUACUAUGCAGCAAAAACCAGCCCCUCUUAUAGACGCAACCCAAGUGUUAAUGAACUUUCCAGAGCUGCGUCAAAAUGGAAUUACAGAGGAUGUUCUGGAAAGUUUGGCCACACGUGUACCGAAUUUAGAACAACGCAUAUACGCUCACUUUGCUAUGAAGAGUAGCAUGAAUAACAACAAUGCAAUUCGAAAUGACCUUGCCAUGUCAAACUUAGCAUUCAUGAAGAACUACAAAGACUAUAUGAAAUACGCUGAUACGAAUAAUCCGUCAGGACCGCCAGAAAAUAUUUUUCCCGAACAACAUAGAGUUGAAGAGUACACUGGAAGUCCAUUACCAGCCGACACCGUGUAUGGUCAACAGAGUAAUAUUUAUGGUUAUCAGAAACCAUGCACUCGGAGUGGAGGCUGCGCAGAUUUACCCGAAAGCUAUUUAUAUAAAUCACCUCACGCACCACCGCCGAAGCCAGACAUUUAUGUAAAGGAUGCCUCCCAAGUUGUCACAUCCUAUCACGACAAGACAAAAAUAACGCCGGAUUAUCUUACACCGCCUGGUCCUGACCCAAGAUACGUGAAUUACUAUCACAAUUACUUAGAAGGGAAAGAUGCAGAACCAGUCAUGCCACCUACGUUAUAUCCUCCAACAAAGCCACCGCCACCUCCGCCACCACCUCUACCCCCACCGCCGCCGCCUUAUAUUGAAUUGUCUACUACUGUGGAGCAGCUACCUCCGGUAAGCAUACAAGCAUCAUUUCCCACUCAUCAAUUAGAGUCGGUACCUGCUUCUGUGCCUGUGGUGGAACACGAAGUUAACAUUGACUGGACGCCAUACAGUUCGUGCAGUGCUACAUGUGGAAGAGGUGAAAAGAAACGCUUUCGAAGGUGUACCGUACCUGACUGUCCUUCUGGUGGCGUGGAAAUUGAAACGGUGCCUUGUGCAGAGGCGGAAUGUACUGGAGUCAAUCCGUACGAUUGGUCGGCUUAUACGCCAUGUAGUACAACAUGUGGUGAAGGUACAAGUGUAAGGUAUAGGUUGUGCAGAGGUGAAAACUGCGCUGCUGAUGGAUAUGAAACAGAACAGAUCAGCUGCUACAAACCUAACUGCCCAAUUUGCGUGUUGGAUUUUGAAGUUGUGCAGAGCCGUGAAGUUAUUGACCAAUCAGGACACAGUAAUAAUGGAUUUUUGGAUCAACAAGUUGUUAUAAGGGAACAUCCACAAAUAUGUGGACAUUAUGCCGACCUUACAAAUAAUGGAGAGAUAUUAUUUUAUCCGGAUUCGUUUUUUGGAAAGCCUCGAACUGGCAUUUCAAUUGCAUGUUGGGUAAAUAUACAAGGAGACCUCAGCGGAAAGCAUUCUAUAUUUAGCACUGUGCGCCAAACUGGCGAUAAUACGUUUAUAGGUGGCUAUCAUUUCGAACUAGACGGUGGUCGAGUACGUUGGUUCCAUCGUGAUGAAAAGGGGACGGAAAUUUUUAGUAUGACCACCAACGUGGUAACACUGUCACGUGUGUGGAUGCAUUAUACUGUGACAUAUGAUGGAUAUAAAGGAUUAGCAAAGGUAUUUGUUGAUGGUAAAGAACGUGGAAGUCAAGAAGGAGCGGGUUUGCUUGCAGCUGAUUGGGGCUACAAAGCUUCAAUAGGCUACUAUGAUUUUGAUGAUCGUCGAUUAAACGGUUGGUUCGACGAGUUUAUUAUGUAUGAUUACCCACUCGGUGAAGACGAAGUGUUCGAAUUACUUGGCAAAAUGCGUUGUCCCACCGGUAAUUCAACUACAAUCGAAAUUGAUGCUUUUAAAUUCGAGAAUUUGAAACUGGAUAAUCAUUUAAAAAGAAGCUUAAACGAAGACGAAGACUUUUACAAUAAAAUAGAACACGUUAAGAGAGUGAAACUAAGCGAGGAACGAGCGAAUUCAAAGAUAAAUACGAAGCAGAAGCUACGUAACACGAAGUUCAAAAACAACAUUGCCAAGCAUAAAAUCAUAGAAAAACCUUUGAAGAGUAUCAUAGGUAAAAAUAUUGCAAGUAAAAACAAUAAAACCUCUCACUUAUCAAGAACAAACAGGUCGAAUACAACGGCACCGAAACUCCUAAAAUUAAGUAGUCACAUUAAAACAACAAACGUUAAAAAGGAGCCGCAUAGAUAGACAUUAAUAUUAACGGCACCGAAACCCGAUUAACUGCACCGAAAUCCUCAAUGGGGAAUGUGAUUAUUCUCUCUGUUGGUUAAUAUGUUUCAAUAUUCAACAAUGAGAGAAUAAGAUCUUCUGAAUGUCAGCACUUCAUCAGUGAAAAUAUGUAUAAAUAUGUGUAUGCAAUGUAAGAUACGCAGAAGAAAAGAGUGACCGGUUUACGGUACUAAAUGACAUUUUGUUAAUAGCCUAAUAAUUUUAUUUUGUACGUAAAAAUAACAGCGAUAUAAUUUUUCUUCUUAA